ACGACACGACAUCUUUACGUUUUUUUCUUUUCCCGCAAAACUCCUUUUCACCCAUCCACGCAUCCACACACACACACAUACACACAACUCUCGGAGCGCACCGCAUUGCCCGUAAUGAAUCUUGAUAAUAUACGCGACGCCGUUCAGAAUAUUUCCCUGUACGAUGUCAAGGCAGCUGUUCGAAAGGCUCAAAAUGGUGAGUUGUUUCACUUUUAUCCUUGCAACCCCCCCCCCCCCCUUUUGGCACUGUCGGAGUGCUUUGAGCUCUCGGGAGCUAUCCCGGCCCGAUUUGAUUGCUGAUUCUUGUCCUUGAUAGUCGUCAUGAAUUACACCGAGAUGGAGGCGAAGGUACGGCUUCCUGGCCAAUGUUACGCGGGGAUGGGGAGGGGUCAGUGAGGUGAUGUAUCCUUUGUUUGACACCAACGAUAGGUACGGGAGGCAACAAACAACGAACCAUGGGGUGCUUCGUCUACGCUCAUGCAGGAGAUCGCAAAUGGCACGUUCAACUAGUGAGUAUCUGGCCCCUGCAGAAGCUUGGUGGUUCGCCCAGAUGAGAAGCUUAAUUCUGGUGCAGCCAGCUCCUGAACGAGAUUAUGCCCAUGGUCUACAAACGAUUCACGGAGAAGUCUGCCGAAGAAUGGAGGCAGAUUUACAAGGUAACUAUCACGCCAUCUUAGCUCCCGGAAGUGAUGGGGGGCUGACUGGUGUAGUCUCUUCAAUUGCUUGAAUUCCUCGUCAAGAAUGGCUCGGAGCAGGUUAUUGACGAUGCUCGCUCCCACCUCUCGACUAUCAAGAUGUUGCGCCAAUUUCACUUUAUAGAUAUGGCGGGCAAAGAUCAGGGGAUUAAUGUCCGUAAUCGUGCUAAAGAGCUUGCCGACCUCCUUUCCGAUGUUGAGAAAAUCCGUACCGAGCGUAAGAAAGCUCGCAGCAAUAAGAACAAAUACGGUGGCGUUGAGGGAGGCGCUGGUCAAUUCGGCGGUUUCAGCGGAGGCAUGAACAGUGGCGGCGGUGACAACGGUUUUGGACGGCGGUACGGCGGGUUCGGCAGUGACAGCAUGGAGUAUGGGGGUUAUUCCGGGGGUGUUUAUGGAGAUGGCGGCGGGUUUGGGGGCUCUUCUGGGUUCCAUGAUGACGGAUCCGGAAGCUCCAGGGCUGCCUCGAGAUCUCAAAAGUUCCAGGAAUAUGAUGAAUACGAUGACGGCGGUGCUCCUGCUAGCAGACGUUCUGCGCCGCCACGGAGGCAAGCCGAGCCUGUCAAAUCCCCACCAAAGAAGGAACCUGAAGUUGAUCUAUUUUCAUUCGGUGAGGAGCCAACACCUGCGAAACCCGCUCCCAGACAGAGCGCCAAGCCGAUCUCGAAUCCCCUCGAUGAUGACUUCGGCACUCUUCAAUCCGGCGGGGCAGACGAUGACGACUUUGACGAUUUCCAAUCUGCUGGUCCCGCGCCCGCACCAAAAAAACAGCAACCUCUUUCGUUUACCCCUCUCCCUGCUGUUACCGCAAAUGCAGCGUCCACCAACCUCGUACAACCCAAGCCUCUGAGCGCUCCCCAGGCGGUUGGCCUAAACGAUCUUGUGGGUAUUUCCUCCAUCUCCCCAGCUCAGUCUGCGUCAUCUAUGGCAUCCCCGCCCGCGAUGACGCCUGCGACAACCGGCGGCGGCCUAGGCGGCAUGGGGAUGGGCACGGGUAACACGGGGGCAAUGGGCGGUAUGAGCGGAAUGACCCCGAUGAAGCCCGCAAACGUCUCUUAUCAACCCACUCAACCAAACUACUUCACCUCCGUCCCUACUAGUAUCAACAACAACAACACCCCCCUCUCACCAGCUUCCACGGGCCCCUCGGCUCAAGCUAAGAAGCCCACUGGCGACGCUUUCGGUUCUUUAUGGAAUACCGCUGCCAAGGACUUUAAGAAGCCGACGACCCCGAGUAACACUAGUACUCCAAGUCUCCAGGCUAUGGCCAAGGAGAAGGCCAGCGCCGGGAUUUGGGGUGCUCCAGCUCAGACUUCGCGCCCAGGAUCUUCGGCAACGGCUAAUAGUGGGAAAACUAGCGGGAGUGCGCUGGAUGAUUUACUUGGGUAGUUGGCGUUGCCUUUUCUUCUCUCUCUGGUGAUGGCAGUGGUAACAGUUUGCACUCUUGGACAGUGGUCUUGAGAAUAUCCUUGGGCCCUUAUCAUACUUGCUUGCUUAUUGAGUGGCGAGCGGAAAAAGCAUUGAUUUCGAGAAGAGAUAAAGAAGGAGGGUCAGAUCCCGGUUUGUGAGAGUUUCUUAUUUUUUUUCUUAUUUUUUCUUCCUCUUUUCAAUUUCCCUAGGGAGGGUAUGGUACCGGUACCUUUGCGUUUAUUUAUUUAUUUUUCUUUUCCUACCAUAAGUUAGUCUAGUCCUGUCGUGGUACUGUCAUGUCUCUCUCUCUCUCUCUCUUACAUAUAAAAUUUAAGUUUCGGUCCUUUAUUUCUA